AUGGCCGCCCGUCAACCCAGAUUCAAUCAGCAAGUCUUGAUUGACACUACCCCAUUACCUGCGGACAUUCCGCCCGUCACAGAGAUUGGUAGCAGUUCGGCGCCAUUAUUGUCCGCGAGUUUCUUUAUCGGCGCAAGAUGCAGACCCUACAAUGACGAUUUCAUGCAAUGCAAGAAUGACAAUCCUGGAAAGGGAGAGAUUGAUUGUUUGAAAGAAGGCCGAAGAGUUACCAGGUGUGCGAGGAGCGUAAUUGAAGAUGUGAACAAACACUGCCUUGAGGAGUUCAGGAAAACACUGCAACUAUGGCAAUGUCGACCACAGGAGUGGAAGCUCAACAAAUGUGUCUUUGACAAUCUGAAAAUCGAGAAGGUUAUUCCAGAUACCCCCGCAGGCGAAACCCCUGUGCAUCUACGUAAAAGACAAAUUUACGCACACUACGGCCCAUGA